AUGCCCACCGCAGCUGGUUUCAUAUUAAGUACCUUUCUUGGGGUUGUCGCCAGAAGGUUGCAAGUUUCAAUUGUAGGUAAGAACUAUCCAAGGUCUUGGACUAGAGUGACGGGAUAUGCCUUAUCUGCUGGAUUAUUUACAGGUGUUUACUUAAUCGCUGAUCACUUUAUUGAUAAUAAUAGGAGGCUUUUAGAUAGAAGAUUGGCACUUUUGCAAGAACAGAGAGCAAAGAAGGAUGCAUUCUUUGAAUUUGAGCAAGAACCGGAUCACAGACUUACUGCCUCUAAGAGAGGUAAGUUCUUCUCAUUAUUUGAUAGAUAUGGGGCUAGUUACAAGUGA